AUGUUUGGGCCACUUCUUGCUGCUGCGGCUCUCUUUGCGCUGGCUGUAGGUCAGAAGGUUACUCUUCAGGCGGAGGAUGCUACGCUCUCUGGUACCACGGUUGGCUCUUCAGUUGCUGGCUUCACAGGAACCGGAUACGUAGAAGGCUUCUCGGACGCCACGGAUAAAGUUACGUUUAACAUCACCAGCCAAACCGGGGGUCUGCACGACCUCGAGUUGAUCUACAACGGACCCUAUGGCGACAAGUUCACCAACGUUGUCUUUAACAACGCAGGCGGCAGCCAAGUCAGUCUUCCCGCGACCACGAAAUGGACAACUGUACCGGCCGGUCAGGUGCUGCUCAAAGCAGGCAUAAACACAGUUGAGAUCCAGAGCAACUGGGGCUGGUACCUCAUCGACGCCAUCACCCUUACGCCCACUGCCCAGCGACCUCCUCACAACAUCACUACAACCCCUGUAAACCCCAAAGCAAAUGCCAACGCCAAAGCGCUCCUCAAAUAUCUCGUCAGCAUCUACGGCAAAAAGAUACUCUCAGGCCAACAAGACCAAGCAUCUUUUGACUGGGUAACCACCAACGUCGGCAAGACACCCGCCAUCCUCGGCCUCGACCUAAUGGACUACACCGACUCGCGCACUUCCCGCGGCGCCUCCUCAAAAGACAUUGACCACGCCCUCGCCUUCGCCAAAAAGGGCGGCAUCGUAACCUUUGUCUGGCACUGGGGUGCACCCACAGGCCUCUACGACACAACCGAGCAACCAUGGUGGUCCGGCUUCUACACGCGCGCCACAGACUUUGACAUCUCCACCGCCCUAGCCGACACCAAGAACGCGAAUUACACGCUGCUAAUGCACGACAUCGACACCGUCGCCGCUCAGCUCAAGAAACUCCAAAGCGCAGGCAUCCCCGUCCUCUUCCGACCGCUGCACGAAGCCGAAGGCGCAUGGUUCUGGUGGGGCGCCAAAGGCGCCGCGCCAGCAAAGAAACUGUAUCGGAUUCUAUACGAGCGCCUGACCAACGUGCACAAGCUGCACAAUCUCAUCUGGGUCUGGAACUCGGUUGCCGCCGACUGGUACCCGGGCGAUGAUGUCGUCGAUAUCGUGUCUGCGGAUACGUAUGCGCAGGGCGACCACGGACCGCAGUCUGCAACGUACAAUGCGCUUUUGAAGCUGGGCACGCGGCAGAAGAUUGUGGCGGCGACAGAAGUCGGGAGUGUCAUGGAGCCCGCGGAUUUGCAGGCGUAUCGCGCGGAUUGGGCGUGGUUUGUGGUUUGGGGGGGAGAGUAUAUUAGUGGUGGGGCGUGGAAUAGUGUCGAGUUGUUGAAGAGGGUGUAUAGUGAUGCGUAUGUUUUGACGUUGGAUGAGAUUCAGGGGUGGAGGAAGAAGUAAGGUAGAGUAAAUGUUUUUUUGGGGGAUUUAUAUAUGUAUGUAGGUUGGUUGGUUGGUUGGUUGGUGGUGGAGGUUGUGGUUGGAGAUGUGGGAUGAGAGAGGCUAGGCUAGAUGAGGAAGGAAAUCUAUGUGUUAGCCUAGGGCUGUGCUUUGUGCUUGCCCGCUUGUACUAGGCACACAAGUAAGCGGGGC